CAGAAUUUGUCAAAGUGGACUGGGUGUGGAGCUCCUUAGCUAGUCAAGAACAACUCGCCAUCGGUAAACUGCGUUAUUUUCACAACCUCACCUGCGGGUUGUGUCCUCUCUGUUCACUUUCUUUCAGCCUAUUCGUCGUUUUUGUUCUGAUUGUAUUUUCCUGCCUUGAGUGUUCAAGAUGUUUAUGACCAAAAUAAUUAAAGGGCUCGUAGAUGUUGUCAGCAACAUCGACCAGUUUGUUCCUUCUGACCCUCCUCCUCCCAAAAGACCACUUGCAUAUGCAAGCCAUAAUGAAACUGAUGAGGAGAGACAGUUUCGCAAAGUGUUUCAGCAGCUUGCAGGGGAUGACAUGGAGGUGAGCCCUAAUGAACUGAUGACCAUCCUCAACAAGAUCAUUUCUAAGCAUGGUGAUCUGAAGACAGAUGGUUUCUCCAUUGAGUCCUGCAGAAGCAUGGUGGCAGUGAUGGAUAGUGACAGUACUGGAAAAUUGGGUUUUGAAGAAUUUAAGUAUCUUUGGAAUAACAUCAAGAGGUGGCAGGCCAUUUACAAGAAUUAUGAUGCCGAUCACUCUGGUGUGAUUGGGUCUGAUGAGCUGCCUGGAGCUUUUAAAGCAGCAGGCUUCCCACUCAAUGACCAGCUUUUCCAGCUGAUCGUUCGUCGAUAUAGUGAUGAAAAGGGAAACAUGGACUUUGACAAUUACAUUGGAUGUCUCGUGCGCCUGGAUGCUAUGUGUCGUGCCUUCAAGACACUUGAUAAGGACAACAAUGGCACCAUUAAAGUUGACAUUCAAGAGUGGUUGCAGCUGACUAUGUACUCCUGAUUGAUGCACAACACCAUCUUGAUUAUUGUCAGUUAUUCUUUGCAGCUUCUCGUUGCCAAAUGUCUUUGUGUUUUAAUGACUGGCAUAAUGUUUAGUUUCAUUGUUAGCAUGACAGCAUGAUCAUACAGUGCCUUUACACUAGGUGGCAGCUUUGUCACAACGCUAGACAGAGUGUGUUUACAUUGCUGUCGGUUCCACUUUAUGCCACAUAUUCAUUUUUUAUUCCUUGCCAAUUUUCAUUUAUUCCAUGACUGUGGCUUCAUGUUGAUUUCAACCAAAGAUUGAAUUAGUUUUAGAGUUGAGAUGAUCGCUUUUAAGGACAUUCCAGAGCCAUGUUAUUUAAUAACUGAGGAAAUGAGUCAGCUGUCAGUUUUGCAAACUUAUUACUCUGAUGCACAAAUAAAUGAUAUUUGUUCUGGACUUACAAA